AUGGACGGACGAAGGAGUGGACGAGGCCAUGGGCGAGGGUCUAGGCAAGCCCAACCUCACGGAGAUGAUCAGGGAUCGGCAAUUGGGCCGACUCAGGGACAAGGAAAUUUAGAGGGCAAUCAAGUGACUACUGCCAUUAAUAGGAUGACUGAUAUCCUUGAGUGGUUAGCCGAGAGACAGGGUCCAAGACCACUCAACCAGCCCAGAGGCCAGGAUAGAAGGGAAGAUAGGGCUUUGGAGAGAUUCCCGAAAUUUAACCGCCUAAGUUCACGGGAGAGCCCGACCCUGAGGCAACGGAGAAUUGAGAAUGAUUGUUGGAGGAAGUCGGGAAAGAGUUUGUUCUGUGGUUAUAUAGAACACCAGCUCGCGAAUUGUCCAAGUAAGCUGAAGGUAGGAGGUAGCACUCAAAGGCCAGAAAAGUCAACCUUUAAGCAGACUAGUGCUGGAGGGAGUCAACCAAAGGUGCCUGCUAGGGUUUACGCAUUGGACUACCAACAGAUCCCCGAUUCGACUGAGGUGGUUGAAGGUGCAACACAUUCUUUUGUAAAUCCUAAAUUCAUUAGUGGAAUAGACUUGAAGCCAAUUAAGUUACAUUAUGAUUUAGAGGUUAGAACACCUACUGGGGAUCAAAGUUUACUAGCUAAUUUGGUGUAUAAAGAUUGUGAGAUAUCAGUUGGAGAACGGAAGUUGUUGGCCGAUCAAAUAGGUUUAGCGAUUAAGGGAUAUGAAGUGAUCCUAGGAAUGGACUGGCUAGCCCGUUAUAAUGCUCAGUUCAACUGGAUUCGAGCUAGGAAAAUGCUAAGUAAGGGAGCUCAGGGAUAUUUGGCUUUCCUUAUCAAUAACCCUAGAGAUAAAGUGAAAUUAGAAGGCAUGCCUGUAGUGAAGGAGUAUCCAGAUGUCUUUCCCGAAGAGUUAGUCUUUAUCCCCAGAAAGAGACAUAACUUUUAA